CUUUUCUCUCGCGCACUUCCACGUUCUGAGCUACCUGUCAGCGAUAUCCUGACAUUUAUUUUUGCGAUAUACUGGCGUUUUUUUUUUGUUUCCUCGUCCUUCUCGCGUCGCCUUCGCCCUGUUUCCUUCUCGCCUUCUUUCACAUUCGUCACUUAGGCCACUUCUCGCCAUGGCCAGUAAUCUCGUUGUCCCUCCCAACCUUGCUGCUAGGCUCAAACCCGUGAAACCCCGCAAAUACGUCAAUACUCCUGCAGAGUCAUCUAGGGUUCCGCCCCCUAGAGGUUGCCUGGACCCUGAACGCUACGCUCAUCGCGAUUCCUUAGACCAACCUAUCGCGUCCAUCUCUCAUGUUCGGCUUCCUUUCCCUUCCAGUCCUCUUCCUCCAUCUGAGGGAGGGAGGAGUGUUAUCGACGAGGAAUCUGGUGACGAUGCCGACGAGAGAGUCAGCGUUGAUGAUGCUCACUCCAACGAACCCGAGUGUCCUUCGAGCGGUGACAUCGACUCUGCUCGUUCGAAGGGAAAUCUAGUGUCCCAGUCUGUUGGGGAUGGCCAUGGCAAGGUUCACAACCCUACUGGCAUUCCGGGUCGGCGCAUACAGUCUGCGCCUGUCCCCGUUACUUCCUCUACGCCUCAACCAUCCCGCCGUGUGGACUAUACGCUUCUACAUGCACACUAUUUAGACCAAGGGAAGCAACCUGUACAGGAUUCCCGUCGUCUCGAGCCCCUGGGUCUGCGCGCUCACCCUGUUAGAGAUGUUUGCCCUGGAUUGGCUUCUCCCCAGGAGCCUCCGGUUUCUACUGCUGUGCAUCUCGGGCCUUUGUCUGGUGUCCCUCGGAAAAUGGGACCCUUACUGAACGGUGGUGACCAUUCGGUCGAUCAGGUUGUUUUCGACCGUGCUACGCUCAAUCCUCGUACUGGCGUACUUCCUACUGUUGCAGAUUCUUCUCGUGAAGAGAGGGGAUGUCGCAGGCGUCGUCGUUCUCGUUCCUACUCGUCCAGCUCAUCUAGCAGUAGGAGCAGAUCUCGCGGCUGCAGGCGUGUUUCACGCAAGGCUUGCAAGCUGAUUCCACUGGAUCCUAGAAAAGGUCUUGCUGUUGCACCCUCUGAGAGUAUGUCGUUUAUUCCGGUUGCUGUCAUUCACGAGAUGCAAGAGGGAAUCCCGAAUGACAUCUCGAUUGCCUGGUUUUCUCCUUCGUUUGCCAAUGAGCCAAUCUCUGGUAAUGCCCGCUCCCAACGCAAGAACUUGAACUGCAUUUCGUCACACCGUAUAAACGUCGGUGACUUCUACGCCAUUGCAAGGCAUCUACCCUUGGCCAUCCGCAAGUUCUAUGUUAUCCCUGGCCACAAAGAAGACUCCGACCUUGUAGGCGCGAUUGCUGACAUGUUUCAGCGCCUCUUUGACUUGGUCACCGGCCGUCCUGAUUUUCAUCAGCUUUUCUCCUCCUACCAUAACGUUCGCAUCGAUCUCUUCGACCGAGUUAUCUGGGACAUGAUCCGGGAACAGGAGCGUUCCCGUCUCUCGCGCUUCCCUUGAAAAUCAAAGUUUCAAAAUAUCUCAAGGACUAAUGUUUUCGAACUUUCCACUCGAUUUUACACCACCCUCGCAUAAAGCACUAAACUUUUACAUCUUGUUUUUCUUGGAUGCACAGAAAUUACCAAUACCCUG